AUGGAUACUCCCCCAACUCCUGUGCACCCGGCCGCCAACGAAGAGGUAGCCAGUUUGCCUACUGGUGAACUUCCGCAAACUACAUUGGCCGAUAUCGACCUCAACCCAGAUUUGUACGAUUCGGACUACCCAGACAGCACUACCAGCCUUCCCACUGUAGCCUCAGCUGCCGCAAUUGGGCAAGACUCGGCCACUGCUGCUCCAACCAGUAUAUCUAAUACAUCUACUGGUAAUCGCUGGCCAAGUCGAGCCACCGUUUCCAUGCAAGAAAUGGACUCGGAAACCAGCUUUCAAGAUGUAGAUUUGGAAUUGAAGCAGUUUACAUUUCCGUUUGACGAAGGCUACGCAAUCCUCAGGCUGGACUUUGAUGCUGCUCCGGUAAUAGCUGCUAUAUCCAAUCAACAGCAGAGCAAGUUAGUCAAUUACAUUGAUGAGAAUUUGCUUCAGAUCCAGCGUAAAUUUAUUCGUAACCAGACUGAAGUAAUAGAAUUUUAUUCAUUCAGUAAUCUCUUGGCUGAAUUGGAGGCGAUCGUCAAUCUUCUCUGGACUUCAAUACACAAGAAGAAUGAACUAUUCGGUCAGGUCGAAUACUAUAUCAAACUCCUAGGAGAUCUAGAAGACUAUCUAUCCCAUUACGAAUCCAUCUUUGAUGAUCAUAUCGAUGAACGAAAUGUCAAAAUUGACAAUGUCAAACUUUUGUACUUCUUUACAUUCUUUCAAAAAAUCGAUCUUCAGUUAUCUGUUGUAAUCGACGGCUACGUUGCAUCUUCAGGAAAGCCCCAGAAGGCUAAUAGCACCCAACUUAUUCGUAUAAUUCCUAUAGUAUCACGCUUGAGAGUACUCAUAGUGUCGAAAUUGGAACCAAUAAGGAUAAAACUCAACCGUCUUCUUGAGAAACCGCCAAAUAGACACAUCCAGAGCGACGCCCAGAAGCUACUAAACCUCCUUGAGCUCGAGGUGUCCAGACUCUUCGAAGGUAUUCUUGAUCGAAGUUUCUAG